AUGUCAGACGACAGUUCCUACCUGUCCUUUCUAGAAAAGGCGAACGCGAACCCCAAGGCCGGCCAGACUGUUGCAGAAUCAGAGUCCACCUCUCAACAACGGUCGAAGCUGGACCCAACAACUUCCUCUUCAGACGCUUUGCCAGCCUCCUUGAAGUCGCUUCCAGACUUCACGUAUACCUCCGACACAGACUCGCCAUUUGAGCCUGUGCUGUUCAACUAUGCCGGCUCGGAGCUCCCCUCAGCCGAGGAAUUCGCAAAGUAUCUUGCGCCCAGGUCAGUUGGGGCCGUGGAGGAGCUGAGUACUCGGGAUUUUGAUCCGAGGGGACAGUAUGGCGAAGUCAUCCAGAGGGUGGAGCAGGCGGAAAAGGGGAAGGCGGGAGUCAAGAUUUAUAGAGUGGAAGUCAGCAAGACGAGAGUCGAGUAUUAUAUCUUGACGGUCGGGGAGAGAAUGCUGGUCGGCGUCGUGACCAAGGCGGUAGAGAGCUAA